AGAACUCCACUAUGCAUUCUUAAUCUUAAAGUGGUUAUUGAAAAUCCUUUAGACAUUUACCAUCUAAAAAUAGAGAUACAGGACAUUAAUGAUAAUGCACCACAGUUUCUCAGUAGCAUAAUCCAGUUGGAGAUCAUUGAAACAACCCAACCAGGCACCAGGUUCCUUCUUGGGAAUGCCAAAGAUCCGGAUAUCGGCACAAACGCUUUACAGAAUUACCAUCUUAGCACCAAUCCUUACUUUUCCUUGGAUGUGAAAGAGAGUCCGGAUGGAAAUAGGUUUGCAGACUUAGUACUGCAGAAACCACUCGAUCGCGAGAGUGAACCAACCCUUCAGCUGACAGUUACUGUGCUGGAUGGGGGGAAACCCAGAAAAACCGGAACAGCCCAAAUACGGAUCAAUGUCACCGAUGCCAAUGAUAAUCCACCUAUAUUCACCCAAGAAAUCUACACAGUCAGUCUGAGGGAAAAUGUACCAGUUGGGUUCCUUGUGCUGCAGCUUGAAGCUUCAGAUAAAGAUGAAGGUUCACAUGCAGAAAUCAGAUAUUAUUUCAGCAAUAUGCCACUGAGUGCAAAUAAGAAAUUCAGCCUGGAUUCAACCAGUGGAAUAAUUUCUCUUGUGGAAUCGUUGGACUUUGAGGAAACCAGAGAAUAUGUGAUGACAGUAGCAGCAAAAGAUGGAGGUGGAUCAAUGACCCAUUGUAAAGUAGAAAUAAGAGUCCUUGAUGAGAAUGAUAAUGUGCCCGAAAUGAUGUUCGCAUCCGUUUUUAGUCCAAUUCUGGAAGAUUCUCAGUCUGGAACAGUUAUUGCUCUAAUUAAAACAAAUGACAAGGACAUUGGUGAUAAUGGAAAGGUAUUUUGUUAUUUAGAAGAUGGCUUGCCAUUCAAGAUUCUUCCAUCAUCUAAUAAUUACUACACACUCCUGACAGACAGACCUCUGGACAGGGAAAAAGCAUCUCAGUAUAAUAUUACAAUCACAGCCACUGACAAAGGAACUCCUCCACUGAGCACCCACAAAACCAUCUCACUACAAAUCUCUGAUAUCAAUGACAACGCCCCUGCUUUUGAGAAAGCUUCCUACAGCACUGUCCACGUGCCAGAAAACAAUCCUGCUAGCUCCUCCAUCUUUAGCAUCAAAGCUGUAGAUCCCGAUCUUGGCCGCAAUGCUAGGAUCACGUACUCCAUCCUCACUAGCAAAAUAGAGGAACUACCUCUCCCGUCUUACCUCUCCAUUAACUCAGAAACUGGCACGCUCUAUUCUCAGCGGUCUUUUGACUAUGAGCAACUCAGAGAGUUUCAGGUACAGGUGAAGGCUGAAGAUGGAGGCUCCCCACCUCUCAGCAGCAAUGCCACACUGAAGGUCUUCAUCCUGGACCAAAAUGACCAAAGUCCUCAAAUUCUGUAUCCUUCUCAAGGAGCAGAGGGCUCAGCCUCCUUUGAGAUGGUGCCUCGCUCAGCAGAGGUGGGCUAUCUGGUUACGAAGGUGGUGGCUGUGGAUGCCGACUCUGGGCACAAUGCGUGGCUCUCCUAUCAUCUACUGCAAGCCACUGAGCCAGGGCUCUUCACAAUUGGUGCCCACACUGGUGAAAUCAGGACCUUGCGGACGUUUUUGGAAAGAGAUGCUCUGAAGCAGAAGCUAGUGGUCUUAGUAAAGGAUAACGGGCAGCCCCCACUCUCUGCUACAGUCAGUCUCAAUCUGGUUUUUGCUGAAAACUUCCAAGAGGCACUUCCAGAA